AUGAAUUUACCGGCCAGCGCUCCCGAAUCGAACGUUGUCUCCAUCAACGUCGGAGGCCGAAUCUUCCAGACGACGAAACAAACCCUAACCUUAGCCGGAACCGAUUCUCUCCUCUCCCAACUCGCCACUGAGUCUACUCGUUUCGUCGAUCGAGAUCCCGGUUUAUUCUCCGUCCUUCUCUACAUCCUCCGCACCGGAAACCUCCCCGCGAGAUCAACCUCCUUCGACAUUCGAGAUCUGAUCGAAGAGUCUAGAUACUACGGAAUCGAGCCCUUCCUCAUCGAUUCCCUCUCCAAUCCAUCCCAGUUCGAGGCCUUCGAUCUCCGUAAAUCCGUUAUCCUCCCGUUAAACGGCCGAGACUCUCCCUCUACGAUCGCACCGACGAGUAACGGCGGAGGAGGCCUCCACGUGGCGCACGGAAGCAAAAUCACCUCGUUCGACUGGUCGUUACGCCGGAAAUCGACGGUGCUGACUAACUUCUCCGCCGUGGAUUCGCUUCUAGAGAUAUCUCCGGGAGUUUUAGCAGCCGGAGCCACCGAUUUUCCCGGUUUGCAGAUAAUCGAUCUUGACAACGGCGGAUUCGUACGGACGACUCUGAAUUGGGAGAACGUAGCUACUACUACUACCUCGACGGUUCAAGCCGUAGGUUCUUCCUCUGAGUUUCUGUUCGCUAGCUUUGAAUCUAGCAGAAGGAACUCGAAUUCGGUUAUGGUGUACGAUCUUUCCACCUUGUUACCUCUGUUUGAGAUGGACCGUUGCGAUAACUACGGUGUUGGUGGUGGUGAUUCCGUGAUCCCGUCGAAUAAGUUGAGAUGGAUUCGGAGCUGUAACUUGUUGAUGGUCUCUGGCUCACAUGCUAGUCCUUCAGGUGUGAGUGGUCACGUGCGGUUUUGGGAUGUUAGGUCGAGGGAUAUGGUUUGGGAGAUUAAGGAGAGGGGAGAUUGUUUCUCUGAUGUUACUGUCUCGGAGAAUCUCUCCGCGGUUUUUAAGGUUGGUGUGGCGUCAGGGGAGGUUUACUACACGGAUUUGAGGAGUUUAGGAGGUAAGGGUUGGGUUUGUCUUGGAGAAGAGAAGAAGAGAAGCUUGGAUGAGAGGAAAGGAGUUGGGUGUAGGAUAGAGAGUUAUGGGAAUCAUGUGUUUUGUAGUAAAGGGAAUGGGAUUGAGCUUUGGUCUGAAGUGAUUACGGGUUUGGUUGGGAAUGCGAGCCGGGAUGUGUUGGAAGAGAGGGUUUUUAGGAAGAAUUCGUUCGCGGCGGAUUCAGGAGAAAACAAGAUAACUGGAUUGGCGUUUGGAGGGAACAGAAUGUUUGUGACCCGGAAGGAUCAACAGUUUAUCGAGGUUUGGCAGAGUCCGAGUCGUGGAGUAUAGAUGUAAUGUCCUAGAGGUGUUUGUUGGUCGCCUGAGAGUCCCAUGGAUUAAGAAUUCAUUCAUAAAUAUUAAUCUGUUGGUGAAAUAUUUUCUUUUUGACUUUUAAGUAAAAGGCUGGAACAGAAUGUAAUUAGAUAAUGUCAUGAUCUUAUUAUGGGUAACUGUAGAGAGAAUCUCUAACUCGAAACUUUAGAACAGAUUAUGUGGAGGAGGGCAAAACCUGGGAAGCUCUUCCACAGGAAGAAAUGUUCAAGUGUGGCCUAUGAAAAACAUGGUAUAUUUGCAUCUCAGGCGUCAGGUAUUUUGUGUGCGGUUUUAAGACAGAUCUAAAGCUUCACCAUCUUUUAGGCUCCAGAUUGUUUUGAGAGAGCUGGAUGAUUAUAGUUUGAAAGUAGAGCCUGUAGAAUCAAAUAGAGGUGCUACUCUUAUUGUGCAAAGUGUUACGAUUUAGUCUUAGGC